GAGUUCCUGUCGCGCACAUGACAAGGUCGGUAAACCAGGGCCUCUGUCCACAACAGUCCCACAGCACCUCGCGCCUAGCCGUUCUGGGCGCGGAGGGGCAACCCCCGCAUACCACGAACAGCUUCAUGCCCAUCGCAGCUGCUCUGCUCCAUGGAGCUCAACACCGCUUCUGUCGCUCCGGUCCCAGUUUACUAUGACAUUCUGUGCCGUGGGGAUAUAUUUGGAAAGAACCCUGGGUUUGGAAUUGAGGGUCCUGCCGUUCUUGCUGCCUACUUAAGCUGUGAGGUGUGGGCGUGUGUGUGAAAUAGCUUGUUUGAAUUCGCAAACUGCUCAGGUUUUACAGUACGCUCGUCAUGGCGAAAGCUCAAGCUUUGGCUGUUCAUCGGCUUACGGAGGGGUGGUCGUUCAAGCAAGCAGAUGAUGAGGCGAAAGAUGCGUGGAUGCCAGUCAAGAGCGUUCCGACGAACGUUCAUCUGGAUUUGAUGGAUAAUGGGAAAAUCCCAGAUCCCUUCCUCGGCUUCAACGAACUCAAGGCGGAAUGGGUUGCGGAUAAAGCCUGGACGUACCAAGUCGAAUUGCCCGAGGUUGAAAAACCAAAAAAUGGCACGGUUUAUGUGUUGGCUUUCGAUGGCCUAGACACGUUCGCGACUGUCAAGCUCAAUGGCAAGGUCAUUCUCGACAGCGACAACAUGUUUGUUCCACACCGGCUCGAUGUCACGCGGCAGUUGAAUCCUGGAACCAAGAAUACUAUGGAGGUUGUGUUCGCAUCCGCACGCCUGGAAGCUAUCAAGAUCCGUGAGCAGUAUCCAGACCAUAAGUGGGUCGGUUUCAAUGGCGACAUGUCGAGGCUCGCGGUGAGGAAAGCGCAGUACCAUUGGGGAUGGGACUGGGGACCAAUCCUCAACACAUGUGGACCGUGGCGCGAAGUCAGAUUGGAAACGUAUCAGGCGAGGGUACAGGAUCUCAGAGUCGACUACAAACUUGAUGACAGCUUGAAGUCGGUACAGGGCACGAUUUCAGCGUCUGUCGAGGGCUCUUCCGCCAAGAGUGUCACAUUUGCAGUGCAAGAUGGAGAGAAAUUGGUCUUCAAGGAGUCUGCAAAGAUCAGUGAUGGAACAGCCAAGGUCGAGUUUCACGUCAACAAUCCGAAGCUGUGGUACCCGCAUGGAUAUGGCGACCAACCUCUGUACAAGAUCACCGCAACAGUAUCGACAGACGAUGUGGAACUGCAUCAAGUGACAAGACGCACCGGAUUCCGCAAAGGCGAGUUGAUUCAGAAACCAGAUGCCGUUGGUAAGACGUUCUUCUUCCGCGUCAAUGGCGUGGAUGUGUUUUGCGGCGGCUCGGACUGGAUUCCUGCCGAUUCUUUCACACCGAGGGUCACGGAAGAGAAGUACCGCAAGUGGCUGGAGAUGAUGGUUGACGGAUAUCAGAUCAUGAUACGAAUCUGGGGCGGAGGUAUUUGGGAAGAGGACAUCUUCUACGACAUCUGCGACGAGCUGGGUGUUUUGGUAUGGCAGGACUUUAUGUUCGGCUGUGGCAACUAUCCUGCUUUCCCCUCAAUCCUCAAAUCGAUCAAAGAGGAGUGCGUUGCGAAUGUCGCUCGGCUGCGCCACCACCCAUCGAUCAUCAUCUACGCUGGUAACAACGAGGACUAUCAGGUGCAGGAGUCGUUCGAUUUGACCUACAACUACGAGGACAAGGAUCCGGAGAGCUGGCUCAAGACCGACUUUCCUGCACGGUACAUAUACGAGAAGCUCCUUCCUGAAGUGGUUGCUGCAGAAAGUCCACACGUACCAUAUCACCCAGGGUCACCAUGGGGCGACGGCCUCAAGACAUCGACUACCACAGUGGGAGACAUGCACCAAUGGAACGUCUGGCAUGGCACGCAAGAGAAAUACCAGAUCUUUGACACUCUCGGCGGUCGUUUCAACAGUGAGUUCGGCAUGGAAGCCUUCCCUCACAUUGAUACAAUCAAGCACUACUGCACCGACGAGUCACAACUGUAUCCGCAAAGCCAUAUGCUAGAUUUCCACAACAAGGCAGACGGCCACGAGCGGAGGAUCGCAACCUAUCUUGUCGAGAACUUCCGCACGAAGACGGACCUCGAGAGCUUCAUCCAUCUCACCCAGCUCUCCCAAGCCGAAGCCUUGAUGUUUGGUUACCGAGGCUGGCGACGUCAAUGGGGUCAAGAUCGCUUCUGCGGCGGUGCCCUCGUCUGGCAGCUCAACGACUGCUGGCCCGUCACCUCUUGGUCUAUUGUAGACUACUUCCUACGCAAGAAGCCGGCGUACUACGCUAUGCGCCGCGUCCUUGCACCUAUUGCUGUGGCUGCAAAGCGCGCACACUUCGAUUGGAGCGUUGUGCAUGCGCGAGUACCCAAGACGAGCGAGUUUGAGGUCUGGGUCGCAAGCAACCAACCCAAAGAGAUCGAGGCCACUGUAGAGUUACGCUUCAUCUCCAUUGCGACAGGCAAAGAGAUCAAGGACAAACUCGUCAAGGAGAGAGUGAAACUCGUGCCAAAUGGUACAACAGACAUCUUCUCCGGCACCAUCGACAACGUCGAUGAGGAACCGCAUGUCCUUGCAACACGUAUUUGGGUCGAUGGCGAAAUCGUGUCCCGCGACGUAGACUGGCCGCAGCCGCUCAAGUACCUGGACUUUGCGGAUCGCGGCUUGGAGGUUCAACCCAAGGGUAAUACUAUUGUGGUCAAGGCAGACAAGCCCACGAAGGGCCUAGUGUUUGAGGAGAGAUCGGGCGUGCUUGUGCAUGACAGCGCUAUUGACGUUGUGCCGGGCGACGAGCAGAUCAUCAAAGUCAAGGGAUUGGGGAAGCAAGACGAGCCGCUCAGAUGGACGUAUUUGGGGAAAGACUGA